AAUAAAUCCCACAUUAUUGUGGGGGUUAUGACCAAACAAACCGGUCCGUAGGGGUUAUGUUCAGGCACCGUUUAUGCUGUCUUUAGUACAUCUAUUCUGCACUCCAUCAGUGACUCUCAUUCCAAAAUUCAGAAUUCUAUCUAGCGAAUUUUACAAUCCCAGUCUUAUCACACACCUACGCAUCAAGACAGAAAACAAGGUUCGGCGCUCCUAACAUUUUCGGGUGUGCUCUCCGACAUGUAAUCUAAAUGAGUACUUGUCUCUGUAAGCGCAAACCUUUUAUCAUAUGUCAUAUAAACAAAUCGUUACCACAACAAUUAUAUGAUCUUCAACUGAUAAGAAGUCUCGCAAAUUUAUACGUCGAUUAAGCUCUUUCAAAUAGUAUCACAAAUUAAGCGCCAGUAUUUGAUUGAAUUAUGGAGCGUUAUGUCGACCGCUUAAAUGCUUAAUCAGACAAAUGUCACUCUUAAUAUUGUUAGCAGUGAUUUUAUGUAGUCAAUUACUGUUAACAACAAAUGCUGCACGCAUUCUGGCGAUUUUGGCUUUUCCCGGACCUAGUCAAUAUGAAUUUAUACAGCCAUUAUUAAGGGAGUUGGCCAAAAGGGGGCAUCACAUAACAUCGGUGAAUAAUUUUCCCCAAACGGAACCCAUGGAUAACUUUCGAGAUGUUGUCGUUGAAGAAAAUCUACAUUUAUUUGAUGAAUUUAAAAACUUUACCAUGGAUGAGAUCAACAGCAACUAUUUUGAUACAGUAGAAAUUUUCUAUGGCAGAUCCUAUGACAUGUGCCGUAAUGUAAUCGUUGAUGCGCAAUUCCAAGAACUGAUGGCAAACGAGUCAUUUGAUUUAAUUAUUAUAGAUGUAACAUUUUCGGAAGGCUUCUAUGGCCUUGGCGAGUACUUUGGAGCGCCAAUGGUGGCUGUGUCAUAUUGGAGUGGAAUCAUUUGGGUCGAUGAAUUAGUUGGUAACACCACACCUCUAUCGUAUAUACCCAGUAUGAUAAUGCUACGUAAAUAUAAUCAAAACAUGGAUUUCUGGCGCAGAUGGUUAAAUGUAAUCGUCUAUAGCUUUGAUUGGAUGUAUUUUGUUCUACGAUAUAUGCCAGUUCAGAGACGUCUAUAUAAUGAAUAUUUCCCCAAUGCCACAAUGAGAUUGGAUGAGGCUCAAAAGAAUUUUUCAUUGGUUUUGGUAAAUGAUCAUUAUACGAUUACAACCCCUCGGCCGUAUGUGCCAAAUAUGAUUGAAGUGGCUGGGCUGCAUAUACCCACACAAGCGGAACCCAUUGCUGAGAAUAUAAAACAAUUGCUCGAUAAUAGCCAGCAUGGUGUACUAUAUGUAAAAUUAAAUUCCAUAUUACCCCAGCAUGUAAUGCAAAUAAUUUUAAAUGGCUUGGGGAGAUAUCCCCAGUUGGUCUUAUGGAACAGCAACUUUGGACCUUGGGAUACCUUGCUUAUACCUCGCAAUGUUCAUUACUUCCAUCAAGAUCUAUCACAUCACUCAGUUCUAGCUCAUCCAAAUAUCCGUUUAUUUAUAUCACAUGGAGAUUAUCUUCAUAUUAUAGACAGCAUUUACCAUGGUGUGCCGAUUCUGGGCAUACCCAGAUAUGAUGGCCUACAUGAUGACUAUGUGGAUAAUAUCAGGAAAAUUGGCAAUGGCCUUUCGUUUACUUGCCGACAAUUUAAUGAGAAAGCAUUGGGUCAAGCUCUAUAUGAUUUGUUGGCUACAAAUCGCUAUCGCAACGAAGCCAAACUGAAGUCAGAAAUUUUUCGUGAUCAGCAGAAUACCCCAUUGGAAAAGUCUGUCUAUUGGGUCGAGCACAUCAUUAAAUACAAGGGAGCAAAACACCUUCGAAAUCUGGGUCAAAAUUUAAAUACAUGGGAAUAUUAUAAUCUGGAUGUUUAUGCCAGUAUGCUGUGCAUUAUUUUGGUUUUUAUAUCUUUAUCCUAUUUACUACUGAAUGUAAUGCUUAAAAUUAUUUUAAGUCUAAAACAAUAAAAGGAAAUAA